CUCCCUUCUUGCGUGAAGUUUCACCCUCAACUGUGUAUCUGCUCGAAAUUUCAACAUUCACUCAAUGAGCAAAAACGCAUUAAAAACAGGAAGCUUGGCGCAUGUAAAUGUUGAAGAGGAUGAUCCAGCAAGUAGUUCAGAGGAAUUGAUGUCAGAAGAAGAGUUUGAUGGCAUGGAACAAAGUGAACCAGAGGCGACCUCAGAUUUGGAAGAAGAAUCGGCUCAAACCCAAAUAUCAGAAAUACCAUUCGAUACUCUUUUAAACGCUCAAGAGCAAUUAAAGGCAGAGCAGAAGAAAGCUGAAAAGAAAGCAUCUUCAGCGAAUAAGAAGAAAUCGGAGAAGAAAGAUGACCAUAAACAUGCUGAAAGGAAAAAACAUGCACCGAUGGAAGUAUCUAGCAAGAAACCAGUUACUCGGUUUCGAGAAGUUGUGAGUGUUCCUAAGAAGUUCACAAGAGAUCCUCGAUUCGAUUCCCUAUCCGGAAAUUUAAAUAAAGAAAAGGUUAAAAAUAAUUACUCAUUUGUUUUUGACUAUCGGAAGAAGGAAAUUGAACUCCUUCGCGAAGAACUAAAGAAAUGCAAAGAUCCAGAACGCGCAGAAACUAUUAAGGCUACAUUAAAAUCUCUCCUAUCGAAGAUGGAAAGACAUAUUGAAGAAGAGAGAAAGGGGCGAGUGUUACGUGAGCAACGCGCCGCCGAAAAAGAGCAGGUUAAGGAAGGAAAGAAGCCAUUCUAUAUGAAGAAGAGCGACCAAAAGAAGUUAAUUCAAUUGGACAAGUACAAAUCUAUGGAAGGGACGAAAAAGUUGGAUCGUUAUUUGGAGAACAAAAUGCGAAGACGCGCUCAAAAGGAAAAGAAGCGACUACCUCGUGCACGUUCGGCUCCAUCUUCUUGAUUUUAAGGUGUCAGUGUUAGAGAAAUCUUUUAAUUUUGUUAAUACGGGUUUUUAUAGGAUUUAUUAUUGAUUAUUUAUAAGAAUUUGACAAGUGGGUUAUCAUUGAAAUACAAACACAAUGUUGAAUGUAGAUAGAAAAGUUGGAUAUAGUAAUUAAAGCAAGAAAAUUUCCAAAAAAGAAUUUGAA